AUGUUGUCUCGCCGCAUUCACUUCACUCCACCUUUGAAUGCAACUCGGGCUCAUACUGUUGCAACAGCAAGUGAGUCACAUUCAGUUCAGAUGCAACAAGCCUGUCGAGAAUGGUGGGGUAACUUUGUUCCCAUAGCCGAUUGGGAGCCUCCAGAAAUUUGCAAGUCUAAAUUUGAUGGAAUGAAGAUACAAAAUUAUCGCAUAUCACCAGAGAUAGACAAACACGGAGACCCUGAAUGCUCAUAUGAUAGAGCAUUUGCUGGUGCAAAUGACACAUUUGGCGAACUGACAGCCAUGUUCAAUGAGGAAUGGGUCAGCGGUGUUGACUUAGAGGCCGGUUAUGACCUAGGGUGGGAUUAUGCACCCGAUGGUGGUGAUUAUGACCUUGGGUGGGGUUUUGCACCCGAUGGUAAUGAUGUAUCUUCAGGUGAGGUGCUCCAAGAGUCUGUAGGAGUUGACCUCAGAUGGGAAGCACCCACUGUGGAUGCCUUGGAUUCAAGAUGUGCGAUGAUGGCAUUGUCAUGUCUCUCAGCUAUCGACAUCGACGAGGUUUAUGACCUCGGGUGGAAUGACACUGCUACUGUGGAUCGCGUGGAAGAUCAGCAGGUGCAAUCUGAUUUGAUUCCACUGAGCUCCAGCUCCAACUUUGUGGGAGAUGAGGAUUCAAAUGCCUCUGCAGGUGUGAUGAGUUCUAAUGCCCAGCUGGGACCAUCAAAUCAUACACCCAAUGUCCUUCAUCAAGCAGAAGCCGCCAUGGCUCAUGCCCUCCGGAGGUUGAAUGCUGUGGGUCACACCAACGAUGAUGAACAAAUGCAUUGCAUUAUGCAAACCGCAGUUGACAGCCUCGGAAGAUCUUAUGCUCCCUCGAAGGUGAGGAGAGCAAAUUCAUGGUUGUUCGGCGCAUACAGCGAGGCGAGGAAUCAGGUGACCGAGGUGGGAGAAGACAUUCUCUCAAUCACCUGA